GCGCCGAAUCGGGCAAGCUGUCCAACAGAGCCCAGAUUUUGUUCUUGAAUUCAAGAGCCCGGGAAGCGCGCCCCAAAACUAGUUCGGACCAGUCCCCAUUCGUCCGACUUCUUGGGCCUAUCUCAGGAGGAGGCUGAGGCGCAUUCCAUUCCACAUAUGGGUUGAAUAGGCAUGAGGGAGGAGGAAAUGGCUGAAGAUACGGCUCUUCGAAGGUCCGUCAGGCCCGGUGCUCAAGCAUAAAUACGACGGGAAGCCCAGGACAUCCAGAAGAACCCUGGGCUAUCUCCCAUGCCCGCAUAUCUCGGCAGACCAAGCUCUGUACGAUGGUUUCCUCGGCUAUACCAGACCAUCUACACUGCGCCCGCACUCGACCAGCCAGUCUUCGCCCCGGAUUUCAGGCCCCUUAUCCGGCAUACAGCGUGCGGUUUCCCGAACAUGCUUCCCAGCUGGUAAUGGCCAUCAUCGGUGCGCAGUAUCAAAGUGAAGCGGAUGUCGAUGGAGCGGCGCAAUCCAUGUUAUCGACAUUCCUGACAUGCCCGAGCAACCCUCCCUCGUUCAUCGAGUGGGCGUCCGUUACCGACAACAAAGGCUUCUACAACCUCUCAGCUUUGGGUUACUGGCCAAGCAAAGCCGCUUACGAAGCCUGGGCCGAGAAGUCGGGGUUCCUGGAGUGGUGGCAGGCGCUCAAGCCCGAGGCGUGCCAGCACGGAUGGUUCCUCGAGGUCUUCUUCCCGACCAUGGACCGCAUCGAGACCCUCUUCAACACCACCGAUGCGGUCGAGGGCUUUGCCCACAUGGGGGAGGCUAUGAGCGGAGAGGUGCAAGAGCACGGCUACUGGGGCAGCAUGCGCGACCGCCUUCCGAUUUCUCAGACCGACAGCCUCCCCGGCACGCCGGCCACCGCAGAAGAUUUCGACUCUCCUGAGCCAUCAUCAUUCGGAAUCGGCAGUCGAGUCAAAAUCCCCGGCAAGAAGAACCUCGUCGUCAUUCGUUCCGGACAGAAUUGGCUCGACACGUCCCCAGCAGAGCGAGAGCUGUACCUCGACACGAUGCACCCGGUGUUGAUCAAGGGCAUGAAUUUCCUGCGAGACCAAGGUGACCAAGUCGGUUGCUACAGCUGCCGUUUCAUGGAGAUCGUCGAUCCGGUCACAACAAAAGCCGACAACGACCGCACUUUUGGGCUGGCCUAUUUCGACGACCUCGGCUCGCUGGAGCGUUGGUGCAGAGAGCAUCCAACUCACCUGGCCAUCUUUGGUGGGUUCCAUCAGUAUGCGAGGAAGCUCAACAAUAAUGUCACCCUGCGCGUGUUUCAUGAAGUCAUGGUUCUCGAACCCGAGCAGCAGCUCUUUGAGUAUGUUGCCUGCCACCCUGGGACCGGGAUGUGGAUGAUAGGCAGUGGAUAGAUCAGGACAUGAGCUGCUUACCAGGGCGGGAGCUGGUACCAGUUGAUAUGGAAUUCUUGAAACCCAAGUCACUUCAUCUGUCUUCGAUGGAAAGAGGAUGUCUCGAAGAUAGGUAGGGUAGCCUUCG